CGAGAAGUACUACCACACGUACGAGGCACUGCAUAGAUCUUGCAAACACGAGGCGGGAGCAUCUUAUCUUAAUAUAUAUGCUAUCAUGAGCCCAACUCGCCUCAGAUCUCCGUAGCCUUCCCGCAGAUUCAGACACAUGACAAGAAGUGCAUCAGGAGAGCGGGUGUCCAUGAUCCACAUGACACCGCACAAUUCUGAACUAGUUCUGCCGUUUCCAUUUCCAAUAUGUCGACUCGCAUUCCUCUUUUGUUUGGGACGAUGACCAUGGGGUUCGAGGGCCAGAACGGAGUGCGGACGUCCAGCGAGAAGGACUGUCAGGAAAUCCUGGACGUCUUCUUCAGUCACGGUCAUACUGAAGUGGACACCGCACGGAUAUAUGCCGAGGGGACCACUGAACAGAUCUUGGCCCAGCUUGAAUUGAAGAACGCGACGAUUGACACGAAAGUGUACCCUGUCACUCCGGGGACUCAUAGCCCAGAGAUAUUGCGGUCUACUUUCCUCACGUCGCUUCAAUGUCUGAAGCGUGACAAAGUCCGGGUCUUAUAUUUGCAUGCUCCCGAUCGUAGUGUUCCCUUUGAGGACACUGUACGAGAAAUCAACAAGCUCUAUAUGGAGGGUCGUUUCGAGAUAUUUGGUCUGAGCAACUUUGCAGCUUGGGAGGUUGCAGAAGUUGUCGGAAUUUGCAAAGCGAAUGGCUAUGUGCUGCCAAAGAUCUACCAGGUGAUGUACAACGCGAUCACCCGGGAGAUGGAACCUGAGCUCCUUCCUUGCUGCCGGAAGUAUGGCUUGCGUCUCGUUAGCUAUAACCCAUUAGCUGGUGGUCUCUUUGCGGGCAAGGUGCUUUCCACGGAGGAGGCAGCUCCCCAGGGUGGUCGCUUUGACCCGAAGUCGAAGAUGGGCCAGAUGUACCGAGCACGGUAUCUUACGGAAGGCUACCUCAAAGCUCUCGAGGUUGUGAAAGCCGCUACCGACAAACAUGGUCUUCGCCUUACGGAGGCUGCCCUUCGUUGGUACCAACAUCAUUCUUUACUGACACCAGAAGAUGGUAUCAUCCUAGGCGCUAGCAGUGCAGCGCAGCUAGAGCAAAAUUGUAUUGACUCGGAGAAAGGACCCCUCCCACAGGAUGUUGUUGAUGCACUUGACGAGGCUUGCAGGAUCGUGAAGGCUCACGGAAGCACCCCGUUAUACUGGCGUUGAGGGCUCUUGGUGCAGUGGAGACAUGCCAAAAUUGUAGUAAACUUGGCGACUAUUGAAAUGGACGUUAGUACGAGUGUGAACUUGGUUGACUACGACAAGGGCAAGAUAAUGGAUUUC